AUGCCUGCCUUGCCGGAGUGGGACGAUGAUGAUGCCCCGCAACCUGAGCGGUUGCAUCAUGCCAGCCGGGCCCUGCCUCAGUCUGCCCUUGUGAUGGCCCGUCGUAAUCGCGGCCGAGCCUUCCCUGAUGGAGUUGCUAAAUGCAGGCUUUGUCCCUUUCGCCGCAAGUGUGCUGAUCCUGUGAAGGCCUAUGCGGCCUACCAGCGGCAUUUCUUGGAUUCGCAUCCGGGGGAGAAGCUUGGGCUCGCUCCUGCCUGCCAGGCUUCCUGUGUCCGGGUCCUCGCUGAUGGCGAGGAGGCGCACUGGAGAUGCAAACGGUGCCAGGCAGGCAUCUCGACUGCUGAUGCGGCCCGCUUUGGCAAGGACUCCCUGUGGCGCUUCCGCCGGGAGCAUAAAACAAAGGCCCACCCGCGCGUCUCUUGGGCUGUGUGGAACAAGGAAGCGAAAUCACACUCGGCCACCAAAUGGGCCUCAAAGAUCAGUGUCACUCGCAAUAAUGCCCAGAAAGCUAAGCUCCUGCCGGUGCUGCGCGAGCUUGAGGCUCAGGACUUUGAUGCCUUCGGAUGGCCGCGCCAGGCCGGGAAGGACACCAAUACUGUUGAUAAGUAUCCCUUGCGCAUAUGCCCGGCUUGGGUGUGUCGCAAAUGCCGAGCGCCGUGCCCCUCUGCAGAGAUUGCUAGGAAGCAUCGCUCGGUCAAGGGACAGUGCCCUUCUCGCACUGCUAAGGCGAGGGCGUGGAUUCGGUUGCGCUCCCUUGCUGCCAAUAAGAAGCUUCAUGAUGCUGCUCCUGCCUCUGUUCGCAAAGAGCAAGGCGAGCUCGCCUUCGCUGCUGCUGAAAAGGCCUUGCGAGUCAAUGUUCCUGCAACGGCUGGCAUCGGCUAUCGCAACCAGUGGAAAGCGCACGGCCGGCAUGUUGCUCUGAGCGCUCCUGAGGAUCUCGGCAGCCGGGUUGCCUUGGUCAGCGAUUUUCCUUUUCGGCACGUUCAGCUGUGCAAGGGUCCUGCUUCUACCAGGCACGUGGCGGGGCUCUUUAAUUUGCGAUCCCUCCCUGAGGAUGAUUCUUUGCUCCCUGCGAGCUCCCGGAGUGCCACUGAUGAAACCAUCCUGGUGGUGGCCUUUUAUGGCCAGGCAGGCAACGAGCCAGUCGCCCAGACACAGGUGGAUGAGGUUUUGGAGUGUGCGGUUUCCUCGGGUUAUAGGUUUGUGGUUUUGGGCGACUACAAUCUCGAGCCUUCCCAAGGCCGCUUAGGAUCGCUAAUUUCGCAAGGCAUCGUGCUUGCUGGUGAUGAAUGUGCGCGUGGCCGGCCCCUUCCUGCCACGGGCCCGGUCAAUGCCCAAGGAGUGCGCACUCGUCGCAUUGAUUUUGCCGUUAAUCAUCGUGACUUGCCUGCGGUUUCUGUAGAUCACUUUACGUGCGAUUUUUCGGACCACUUGGGGGUACACUACUCGUAUGCCCUCGAUGCUCCUUGUCCCUUGGUUGGGCCCAAGCGCUGUAAGCCUCGUGGCGAUCUCCAGCCUUCUGACUUGGAGUCCAGAUGUGCUCAAAUUGCUGCUUUUCAAGAAAGGUGUCUCCGAAUCGGCAUGACGCCGGAGCUGUAUGGCAAGCUCAAAGAUAAGGGCUAUGACACCUUCGGGAAGAUCGCCUUUGCUGCUGCGAGCUCCCCGCAGGCCCUUACCGAUGAGGCCAUCGAUGUGUGGUUGGCCACGGUCGUAGAUCCAAGGCCUUCAGCGUUCCAGGUUUCGGUGAUCAGGCGGCUCCUAUUUGAAAGCCAGUCGCUCAACAUUGCUGACUUGCGGACCCGUGUGGAAGGCCAGCCUGAAAACACAAUCAAGAAACUUCCCACUGCUGAACGAAUAGCCAGACAAGAAGCUCAGCAGGCUCGCUUGAAGGGAGUCGUCUUCACGGUGUCGAACCAGCCAUCCCAUGCGAGCAUCGAUCAGGUCACCGACAUGUUGGAAAACAACUCCUUGCGGUAUCUGCCGAUGAACAGGUGGACCUCCCGGUCACAGGAGCUGAGCUUGGCAAAGAAGGACUCGUCGAUCCAAAUCGACGCGGAGGGGAACCUCAAGCUAGGCACUAAGGUCCCGGAUCCGGUUUGCGACACAAAUGGCGCUUAUGCGCUUCGGCAAGCCUUCUUUCGCCGCUCGCUUGCUCUGGACCUAGGGAACCUCUGCACCUUUGAGGUGAUGGAGGAGUGGGUCAACACCAUCUUCGAACUGACCCAGCGGCAGGUUCCCACCGGGUACACCAAGGUCUCCUUGUCCCAGAUUGUAGCAGCAGAUAAGGAACUCUUCAUCAGGGCAGCGAACAACCUUGAAGGAAAGCUCCAGAAACCAGUGGGAGCUACCAAGCCGUUGGAUGCAGAGCUGAAGCGUUUGUCUGUGUCGCAUGACAUCACGCAGUUCUUGUCACCCUUGCUCACCCCGCCUCCGCCGGCCCAUCCUAACAAGAGGCCCCAGGAUGGUGACGACGAUGCACCGCCCAAGAAGACUAAAGGCAAAGGUGACAAAGGCAACAAAGGCGGGGGCAAGGGCAAGACACCGAGGCUGACAUACGAACUCUUGGUCAUAGAGGGACCCUACACCGAAGCCCAGGUCACUGAAAUUUUCGGCCAUUCGGAUUGGGGCAUCAUUCCCAGGUUCGUUCUUGAGCAAGGCCUUGAGAAGAAGAUUCGACCCAUAGAUGAUGGGCAUGCUUCGCAGGUCAAUGAGGCUUUCACUUCCUUGAUUAAGCUGGAACUUCAAGGGGCCGACUUCGUUGCGGGUCUGGCUCUGCUGAUCUCCCAGGCCGAAAAGGAACGUUCAGAGCGCCUAGGUGUCGCUGCGAGGAAGUGGGUGGGUCGGACCCUAGACCUCUCAAAAGCUUAUAAACAACUAGGGGUACUCCCGCAACACCGUGACAUCGCCGUCAUCUGCCAUCCCAAUGAGAAUGGCGAACCGCAAUUCUUUAUUGCGAACGCACUGAUGUUCGGCUUGACAUCGUCGGUGUAUGGAUUUGUAAGAGUAGCUAGAAGCUUGCAUUUCCUGCUGGCCAAAGUGCUGAAGAUCCCUUCAGCCAACUACUUCGACGAUUACCCUCUCUUCACGUUGAGAGAUGGGGCCCACGAGCUUGAUGGUUUAACUUCCGAAUUCCUAGAAUUGCUGGGGUGGCGCUUCGCCCAGACCGGGGUAAAGGGUCAACCGUACGAGGAGGCCUUCACAGUCCUCGGAAUGCAGCUGGACAUCAGUCGUUUGCAUGAAGGUGCUGCCGUGCUGGCAAACAAGGAAGGCCGUGUCAAGCGCAUUUCCGAAAUGCUGGGCAGCAUCUUUGACAAGGGAGCCCUGGGCAGGCAUGAGGCGCAAGUUCUCCUUGGACUCUUGAACUAUGCCUCAGGUUUCUUUGCAGGCCGAUCCUUGAAGCCAGCGUGCCACUUCCUGCUCUCCUUGGUAAGGGGGAAGCGCCAAACGGCUGCCGAAAUAAAGCGCUUCUGCAAAACUACGCAGGCUGUCUUGAGCACCACUCCACCUAGAGUCCUUCGCAUCUUUGACCCUCGACCGCCCAUUCAUGUUUGGACGGAUGGAGCUUGGGAAGAUCCUUGGGCGGGAAUAGGUGCGGUUGUUCUUGACACGCUAGAUGAUAGUGCCAGGGUUUUUGCCGGUUGUGUACCCGCUAAGCUUUUGGAACGCUGGAAGCUGGAUGUGGGAUCGCAACUCAUAUGCGAGAUCGAGCUCUACGCUUUGGCCGCACGCACCUCAGCCAUCAAAGGUUUGAGCCAGAGCGAGUCGAUGUAUCGCCUCGCCCAUUAUCUUGCAGUGAUCGAAGCUGAGGUGAGGGGCACAGCAUCCUCAGCUUGGCUUCAGGUUCUUUCCCACCGGACGAACGAUGCUUUGCUGGUGGCGCGAAUCCGGCGCUCACUCCGGUCCACGCGCUUGAAGGUGCCCAGCCUGCCUUAUGCCCGUGAUGGCGAUGAGCUCUCUCUUCUUCCACAUGUUGCACAGCUCAUCGAGACUUUCACGCAGCAGGAGGAGGAGGCAAGAAAGCAAAUGUGGCGCACCAGGACGCGUGCUGACCUGCCUCGUGCCCGGUCUUUUGUCAAGCGGCGCGCUGAUGAGCAGCUUGCUUGGGAGCGUCAGCUUCCGGAUGUCGCCAGUCCGGGCGACCCUGCACAUCCGGCGGUUGCGGUUGCAGCUGUGGCGAGGGACCUGCGGGAGAAGCUCUGUCCCGCGUCCUUUCGGGCGGUUGACAUGCAGGCCAUGCGUGAUCUUUUGCGGCCCCUGCCGCGCCCCGCCAGCUCGGAGGUCGUGCCUAACAUCACGCCUGAGGCCCUCCGACGAUCUAUGCAGUCCAUGCGGCACCGUGCUGCGGGGCCGGAUGCGUGGAAACCUGGACUGCUUUGUUCCAUGCCUGAUCUUUGGUGGGAGUGGACCUCCCAGCUGUGGAAUCGGUGUUGUGACGUCCCCGCCCAGUGGGCGCAGGCACGUGUGGUGAUGAUUAAGAAAAUCAAGGGGGGCUUCAGGCCGUUAACCAUCUCUCAAGCUGUCUGGCGUGCGGGAGCAAGGAUUUUGAAUGCCCAACUCUCCGACUGGAUUGGUUCUUGGAGGUCUCCGUCGGAUGCCGGUGGCAUCCCGGGCACGUCGGUGUCGGGUGCCCUGCUUCAGCUGAAUGCUGCAAUGCGCGGAGGCGCUAAUGUUGCGGUCCAACAGGACAUUGCGGGUUUCUUUGAUGCCAUCCAGUUUGAAGCCCUAGAGGUCCUCCUUUCUCAUUUGAAAGCGCCGCCUUUUCUUUGGCCGCUGCUGAAGGCCUUUUACACGCGAGCUUCGCGCAUCGUCCAACUUGAUGGUGCAUAUAGUGAUGCCUGGUUUAAGCCCCGCUUGGGUAUAGCUCAGGGUUGUCCCUUAAGUCCCACCCUUGCUGCCGCAUUUAGCCACCUUUGGACCUUGGCUGUGUUGAGGCAAGGGGUUUCAGGCCUGGUCUACUUGGACGACCGUUCCUUUUGGACUUUCUCUGCGGAUCUUGGCGACCUGGAGCAUGCGAUUCGGCGCUCCGACCGAUUCGAUGCCACUUGUGGUCUUGAAAUUUCCCUGCCAAAGUGUGCGAUCGUGGCGCCAGAGGAUCGUACGGGUGGACUUGUCCACUGGUGUUUUGCAAAUGGAAAAACGGUGAACCGGACUGCACUGACGGGCCGUGCUGCCCGGACGGGCCCACUGACCCUGAUGACAGGUCUCGCUUGGGCGGGCCACGUGGUGGCCCAUAUGCUGAUCGUAGACUGCCUGGGGUCCGCACCGCCCCUCCCCGAGUCGGGCAUUCCCUGCCCACCUGUGAAUCGGCACGUGCAUUCGAGGCCCCCGGCACUGCCGACCCGCGCAGCCCCUUUCACACCGCCGUUUCAAGCCUUGCCUGAGCUUCAGGCUGCACCUCCAUUGCCCAAUCCGCAAGGAAUGGUGGUGUCGGUAUCGAACAAGCGCCCGCGCGCCAGCAAGCAGGAUGGUCGCGGGAUGCAGGCCAUUCGUGCACACUCAGCGGCCUGCUCUCAGAUUGCUGUGAACCUCAUGCUGCAGCUCCUUGCCUUCUUGGGGUCUGAAUCUAGCUUUUUCUCCGCCAUCCAAUCAGCAGUGCAUUUCGAUGCACACGUGCGCCGUGUACUUGCAGGUUUUGCCGCAACGACUGUCAUCAGGUACAUCACUACCUUUAACUCCUUUGCUACAGCUUGUGAGGACUUGGAUGUGUGUCUUCUUGAGAUUACUGCAGUGCAAGCGGCCGACAUCUUGGUCACUUUGCAGCUUCAAAGACAGGAGGAUCCGACUGUCGGAUCGUCGGCAAUCACUUGCAUCAAGGCCGUACGGUGGGUUUGCAAGAACACCCAGUGCAUUGUGUUUGAGGUUUUCUAUGGCGAGCUGAUUUCAUCCUUCUUGAAGACCAAAUUGCCUAAGGACCGCAGGGAGAGCCUACCCCUGCCGCUGUAUGCUCUUGUGCAGUGGGAACGGCGCAUCCUUCAGCGCUCCACCCCAGUGCGGGACAUAGUACUGCUCGGUGCUUUUUUGGUCACAUGUUGGGCGAGUCUUCGCUUUGCUGACAGCCAGCGCAUCGAAUGGAGCUCAUUUGCUUUCGACGUGGUUUCGCUUCGGGCCAUUGCAUACCAGACGAAAACUUCGCAUCAGGGCCAACCCUUCGGCCUAAUCACUCAAGGCUUCUUGCAUCAUGGCACACACUCCUGGGUGGCUAGGUGGCUCCGGGUUCUUGAUUCCAUCGCUUCGCAGGAGGUGCGCGACUUUGGGGUGGCUCCUAGCUUUCUGUUUCCGGCACUGGACGAUGACGCCGAGUUGCUCCGGCCCCUGGAGCCGAUGAGUUACCCUUCAUGCUUGCGCUGGUUGCGCUAUUACUUGCAGUUUCCUUGGAUGGUGUCUCCACCCGAGGUGCCCGUAUCAAACUAUACGGUGCACUCCAUGAAGUGUAGCCUCUUAAGUUAUAUGCUUGAGGUGCCGGACAUCCGCGGCCCAGACAGGGACGCUCAAGGACAUCAUAGGGGGAGUAGCAGGGAACUCUACAGCAGAGAUGACGUGCUAGGGGCGCUCCGCGCUCAGACACAAUUGAGGUCUGCUGUCUUGGCGGAUUUUCGCCCAAGGACGCCAUUGCACCGUGGAGCACAGCUGCCUAUGGCACCGAUCCCUUUUACUUUGGAAGCCUUCAGCAAAGAGAUCGAUCCUGCACCGUGGGGUUUCUUUUCCUUCGAUGUUGGUGUCCCCGGGUCGCUCCCCUGGGUUCCCGGUCAAUCUUCGGCAUGUGCUGCGGAAACACCUGCUGCAGAGGCCAGCACCAAGGCUGCCGAGCCCUCCUUGCCCGACUCCGCAUCGGAGGCUGGAUCUGAGUCAAGUCUUGAGCCCGAGGCAGGGCCCGCGUCGCUCGGCCCCCCAGAUGAGGUGCACAUGGUCGCCGCAACAGGCGUUGUGCACGCCGCAUGCCCGUCAGGUGAGAGGACACUUUGUGGCAUCGGACACGGGUCUGCCCUCGAUCAGCCGCUUCAGGCCCGAACGGUAGUUUUUGCCGACCGCUGCUCUCGCACCAUGGCAGAUGAAUUGUUCGAUGCUAAAUCCGCGGAUGGAUCAUUCAAUCUGGUGAAUCCUUCACCGUGCCCGCUUAAAGCAGAGGGAGCCUCAAGCUUCAAUCAGCUCCUUCAGGAUCACGGCAUCAGCCAGGAGCUCACGGAUCGGCUGCUCGCCGACGGUUGGGAUGCGAAAUCUUUUCGCCAUGUUGUCUGCCAGGAAUCUGAGCUUGCGGGGGUCCUCCCUGAGAUGUUCCCGGACACUGAAGUGUCCUUGAUGCAGCGUGCCAAGCUGCGAGCCGUCUGGUCGUCGCUGCAGCGACGCGGUAAUAACGAUCCUGCUCCUGCAGAACCGCUGGGAUCCCCGGCCAAGCAAGGCUCGGGAUGGUCGGAAGCCUUCGCCCCCAAGCUUGAUGCAACGCGGGUGGCCACGCUCAAAAAACGUUUCUUGGAAGCCUUCCCAUCCGAAAUCUUGACGGCUAUGAAUACCCCCUCGCUCCGCCUCUUGAGCACUGCUGUCGACGCCGAGGUUAAGAAGAACUGGUCUUGGAUCCCGUGGAAGAGUCGCAUGACACAACAGAUGUAUGAGGAUUCCCUCAUGCAGAAGCCCGCAAAAAGGGCCAGGAUUGAGACCCUUCAGCUUUCGGACCUGUUGCUUGAUGAACCGCCACAGAUUGAUAUCAAUGAUUCCACCAUGGGGAUUUCAAUGAUCCGUAGGCUGUUGGAGGUGCAUGACAAUGCCCUCGCUCUUGCAGGCACCGCGCAUCUUGCGCGCCUGAAAGCUUACACCUCUAAGUUCUUGAGCCUGGUUUCGCAAAAAUUCCCGCCUGAAACAAACCUUCGGCCCCCCUCUGUGCUGGAAGCUCAGCAGGCGGACAAACACUUGUGGUCGUGCAUCUUUCAGCUUGUGAUCGAGAAAGAAUGGCAGGUGAAUGAUGCGAUCUACGAGUUCACGGAGAUCCGUGGCGAUAUGUCGUCAUGGCUGCAGCCCCGCGCCAAAGCUGCCUCUGCAGGCAGUCGUAGGCCGUAUACACCGGGCGGCCGUGACAACCGCCCGCCCACCCCACCGCCAGGUCGUGGCAAUGGCAAGGGCAAGGGGAAAGCCAAGAGCCCCACCAAGCAAGGCACCCAGCCUAGGGGCGUUCCGUGGGUUCGCGAGUACAAGGAGGGCGGCCAGGUGAAAAAAUUGUGCAUUGGGUGGCAGAUCGGGAAAUGCCAGCGUGGCAACUCCUGCGAGUUCACGCACGGCUGUGUUGCCGGGUCCAUCCACAGCUGGGGGGAGCUGCCUGCUCCCCCGCCACUGCCACCGCCGAUUCCACCAUCGCAACAGCAAGCCCCCCGGGGCUCGCAAGUUUUGGACUUCAGCUUUCCGCCACUGCCGCCACAACCCCCCUCUGCCGAUUGUACAGUUUCUGUGUCACCGCCUCAGGAGGCCGUACCCUCCGUGCAUCAUACUGGUUCAGUGCCUUCGGGGGACGUUGCCCCCUCCACAUGCACUUCAAGCACUCCCAUUGCGCCGAUUCCGCCCGCCAGCGGUACCGCCCCUUUGGGUCACGCACUUGAAUUUUCCAAUUUCUGUGGGCCGGCCUUGGCAGGCCUCUUCGAUUGCAUUUUGUGCUCAUUGCGGGAAGCCCCUUGGCCCCAACAGGUUCGCCGUGCUCACAUCAUUUCCGGUGCCUCUUCUGCUUCAGGCUAUUUUAAUUUCGGGGUUCAGCUUUCUAGGCGUUCUUCACUUACUCAGGUCACCAUCGCCCUGCCUGAGCUUUGCAGGGACCUGAAUGCCCUAUUCAGGUUCCUCUUUCCAAACGAGCACUGGAACGCUUUGUGUGUCUCGCGCAAUGGCCUCAGUGCGCUGCAUUCCGACUCAGCGAACAUUCCUGGCUCACGCAAUUUGUCACUCUCGCUGGGCGCCUUCUCGGGUGGCCAUCUGUGGAUUGAGGACCUCUCCUGCCUCUCGCAAGGCCAGCCGACAUCAGUUGCAUCUGGCUCGGGCUGGCUGCAUGGCUGUGCUAUCGACACACAUCGCAAAGCCAUUAGCUUCGAUGGCCGCAUUAGACACAUGACACUUCCUUUCUCAGGAGAGCGUUGGGCCCUCACAGCCUUUUCCCUUCCUGACGUGUGUUGUGCCGAACUUGAGUUUCUGGGUUUCCCACUGCCGUCUCCCCUCUUGGGCUAG